AAGAGCGAUAGUCAGUUGAGGACAAGAUGCCGCAGUGGCUGGUCAUUGGUAUCUCGGGCGUCACCUGUGGCGGCAAGACGACGCUAGCCCACAGCCUGCACGACUACUUCAAGGGUCUGAGCGGAGCGCCGCUGUGGAACUCACCGUACACCAUUGGCGAGGUGCGUCUGAUCUCGCAGGAUGACUACUUUCUGCCCGUGGAGGACAAGCGACAUCAGCGGAAUGAGGCACUCAACGCCAUCAACUUCGAGCUCAUCACCUCGCUGGACAUGGCCAAGAUGCUGAACGACAUAGCGCACAUAAUCAAGGGGCGCCAUGUGGCUCCCGAGCCACAGGAGCAGCUUGUGACCUAUGCCAACUUCGAGCACUACGCCCUGCAGUUCCAGCAACAGUACCAGUACAAUGCGAACUACUACAAACAGGCCAAUGGCGGGGUCUAUCAAUAUCCGCCACAGCAGCACCCGAGACAUCACCCCCAUCACCAGCAGCACCACCACCAGCAGCAGCAAAUCCAGCAGCAGCAGCAGCACAUUAUGCGCAUCAAUGCCCAGAUUGCCGCCCAGCUGAGGGACAAGAAGGUCAACUUCCUCCUGGUCGAGGGUUUCAUGAUCUUCAACCAGCCGGAGCUGCUGGCCCUGUGCAACCUUAAGUAUCACUUCCAUCUGCCCUAUGAGAAGUGCUUCGAGCGGCGCAGUAAGCGCACCUACGAUCCACCCGAUGUCACGGGCUAUUUCGAGCUCUGUGUGUGGCCGCACUACGAAAAGAACUUUAGCGAGUACCGCGACUGCAAGGACAUCACAUUCCUCAAUGGUGAGAUCGGCAAAGAGAAGAUCUUCAAGUUCGUCCUCCAGCGCAUCGUCCACUACUUUGAGGAGCGCUGCGAGGUCCCGGCUCCUGCUCCCGUCGUCUGUCCGCCGCAGCAGAAACGCUUCGGGAUGCUCUACAUGGGUCCGAGCAAUAACAACGUCAUGCCGACGGCGUGUCCCAUGGAGCAAUAGAUUGUCCUUCGAUCCAGAGUACAAUAAUUGAAUAUUGUAUAGUAGUAGGAUGUUAAACGGUUCAAAAUUGUUUGGAUUACUUCUCCGAAUCGUGGCUAAAAUUCCCAGAUUACGUUAUAGUUGUAAGCUACUCUAAGGGUGGUUCGAUUUUAAAUUGUUAAAAGUAAGAUCUAAAAUCAAUUAUUUCAUCCAAAUUAAAAAUGUGAGUUUUUGGAACUUAAGCCAAUUUUAAGCAUCGCAAAGUCCAAAGAAAAGUGCAGUAUUGUUUAGAGAAUAUUUUGAUUGUUUUGCCGAACCUACAACUUCCAAGGCCAAUUUGCGUACAGUUUCUAGCUUCUUUUCACGGAACAAUCGAAAAAAAUCGACCCGCCCUAGAAUCAACUAUUAUUAGUUAGUCUUUAUUUCGUAUUAAGAUAGUUAUUAUGGGUGACAUGGUCUCUCUUGUGGAGAAUGCUCUUGUAACCAGAUUGUGAAAUGAAGAAACUCGGUUCAGGAAUUCAUAUUUAGCUGUGCUAACUAUUAUAUUGUAUUGUUUACUAUUACGUCAUGGAAUUUAGCAAAACCCCAACGAGGCAUUUGGUGUGGGGCGUUUUUAUGGAGUCGAAAAGUUAUUGUACUAUAUAAUGGAUAUUUAUAUAUGCACCUUGUAAAUACCGUAGUGUAUAUUUACCAAAUUAAACCUAGCUUUAAGACUAUGACCUAAAAGAAUUAUAUAUUUUUUUUCUUGUGCGAAACAAAACACACAUACGAAUAAACAGACAUUUAACCUCAA